AUGGACGAAUUUCAAAAUUCCGGACUCAAUAAGUACAAGCUUGUUUUUUUGGGAGAACAAGCGGUUGGAAAAACAUCCAUAAUUACAAGGUUCAUGUAUGACACAUUUGACAAUAAUUAUCAAUCUACAAUAGGUAUCGAUUUUUUGAGCAAAACGUUGUAUCUGGAUGAAGGGCCAGUAAGACUUCAACUUUGGGAUACAGCCGGGCAAGAAAGAUUCAGAAGUUUAAUACCAAGUUAUAUUAGAGAUUCUGCUGCUGCUAUUGUUGUAUAUGAUAUUACAAAUAGACAAUCAUUUGAGAAUACAACAAAAUGGAUACAAGAUAUUUUAAAUGAAAGAGGAAAAGAUGUUAUAAUUGUUUUAGUUGGAAAUAAAACCGAUUUGGCUGAUCUUAGAAAAGUUACAUAUGAAGAAGGUAUGCAAAAAGCACAAGAAUAUAAUACUAUGUUUCACGAAACAAGUGCUAAAGCUGGUCAUAACAUAAAAGUCUUAUUUAAAAAAAUUGCAGCAAAAUUACCAAAUCUUGAAAAUAAUAAUAACCAUGAAGCUAAUGUUGUUGAUAUACAACUAACUAAUGAUAUGAAUAAUAAUGAAAAAAAUAUCCUAAGUAAAUGUUUGUGUUAA